AUGAUUGAUAACUACAAAGACUGGCAUGAACAGUUGUCUUAUGCACUACUAGGACACCGCACUACUGCUAGGACUUCGACUGGAGCCACCCUAUACUUGUUGGUAUAUGUCACUAAUGCAGUGAUACCAAUCGAAGUAGAAAUCCCUUCACUGCAAAUAAUACAAGAAAUUGAGUUGGAUGAUGCAGAAUGGAUCCAUAAAAGAUAUGAGCAGCUGGCUUUAAUAGAUGAAAAGCGGAUGAUUGCUGUUUGCCAUGGCCAAUUGUACCAACAAAGUAUGGCGCGAGCUUUCAACAAAUAUGUGAGAGCUAGGGUGUUUCAAAUUGGGCAAUUGGUGCUCAAAAGAAUAUUCCCUAAUCAAGAAGAAUACAAGGGAAAGUUCGCACCAAACUGGCAAGGGCCCUAUAUGGUACGGAAAGUACUAUCAGGAGGAGCCAUAGUACUUGCUGAAAUAGAUGGUCAAGAGUGGCCAAAAGCGAUAAAUUCAGAUGCCAUCAAAAGAUACUACGUGUGA